AUGGGCGUCAUACAACCUCCUCCCCCAGAGGCCACCCUCGCCGCCCGCCAAGCCACCGUCGAACAAAUCCUCACGCAAACCAUCACCCGCUCCUCCACAACAUUCACAACCUACGUCACCCUCGGCGGCCCAUCCCCGGACGCCUUCUCCUCCGCCGCCUACCAAACGCCCGCCCCCGUCCCUUCCCCUUUUCCCACCAUCAUCACCGACGCCCAGCCCGAACCCGAGCCCGUCCUCAGCAGCGGCGAAAUCGGCGCCAUCCUCGGCUCCAUCUUCGCCUUCGUCAUCGCCGGCCUCAUCGUCUGGGCCUGCGUGAUUCCCAAGCUCCGCCGGCGCCAGCAGCAGCAAGUCGACGACGACGACGACGACGACGACCAUCACCACGGCUGCUCCGGGUGCAGGGACUGUCGACCGCCGCCGCGCGGCCCGCACCCGACUUCGCCGCACGUUUAUAGGGAACCGCGCCGUUCGUCUGGUGCCUCCCACGACUUUGGCACGAGGGUCUACGUCGAGCGGACGCCGUGGGCGCACUACCAGCAGGCCAAGAUUCUCCGCGGCGCGCCGAACCCGAGAGAGGUUGCUGUGCGGUCGACGACGACGACCAUGUUUAGCCAUAUACCGCGGACGAAAACGCCGCCGGCCGGUUAUUUCCUAAACAGGGGAUAA